AUGAAUUAUCUAUCAGUUGUGUCAUACAUAUUAACCUGUGUAGUUAUUUUAUUAGCAGUUGCUUUUUUUACCCUUAUGGAGCGUAAAGAAUUAAGUUAUAUACAAAUUCGUAAAGGGCCUAAUAAAGUAGGCUUUAUAGGUAUCCCACAACCUAUUGCUGACGCAAUAAAACUUUUAGUUAAAGAAAUUGCUAAACCUAUUAUAGCUAACUCUCUUCCUUAUUUUAUUGCUCCUAUUUUUAGGUUUAUCUUGGCUUUAUUUAUAUGACAAUUAUACCCAAGAUUAAGAAAUUUAAGUUAUUUUAAAUUUGGAGCUUUAUUUUUCCUAUGUGUAUCUAGUUUAAAUGUAUAUGGUACAUUGCUUGCUGGAUGAUCUUCAAAUUCUAAAUAUGCUUUACUCGGGAGUCUCCGAGCUAUUGCUCAAACUAUUUCUUAUGAAGUAAGAAUAGCUUUAGUAUUCUUGUCUCCAUUAUUUUUGGUAGGAAUUAUUAAUUUUUUAGAUGUAUCGGAAUUUCAGGAUUUUUUAUGAUUAGUAUUUAUAUUAUGACCUAUAGCUUUCGUAUGGUUUGCCACUUGUGUAGCAGAAACUAAUCGUGCUCCUUUUGAUUUUGCUGAGGGAGAAUCUGAAUUAGUAUCGGGAUUUAAUAUUGAGUAUAGCUCAGCAGGUUUUGCUCUUAUUUUUCUUGCUGAAUAUGCUAACAUUUUAGUUAUAAGAUUGUUUAGCGCUAUUUUGUUUUUUGGAGGGAAUUUCUUAUUUCAAUAUAGGUUUGAUUUUUUACUUGUUAUAAAAGUUUUAUUUUUUUCUUUCUUAUUUAUUUGAGUACGUGCUAGUUACCCGCGUUUUCGUUAUGAUUUAUUAAUAAGAUUAACUUGAAAAAGAUUUUUACCAUUUAGAUUAUCAGUUCUUUUAGUUAUUUUAAGUUUUUUAUUUUUAUUAAUUAUUAAUAUUUCGGAAUUGUAG